UAAUGAGGGAAACCAAGCUCGGGAGACCACCUGCGUUGCGUUGUGUUUUUCCCCUGCUUGGUUUGCGUUACGUUGCCCCCCACUUCCCAUUUUUGAAGUAAUAAAGUUCAUGUUUUUCAAACCACCCAUCGAGUUCAAUCUGCGUCUUCACAACGAGUAGCAGAAAAUGGAGUCCCAGAUUUCGGAAACGAGGUAGAGCCGUUGAGUUUUGGGUUUUCUCCCUCCUUUGCCCUAAUCUUGUGCUAUUUUCUACUUGCUUCAUUUGUAUGUUUAACGAGAACGAAAAAAAGAAAAAAACAAUAGGGAAGCGUGAAGUGCGAAUUGGGUUUGAUUUCUAAAGUGGGUUCGAGUUCAUGGGGAGAUGGCCUAUUUCAUCCAAUGCUUCCAUUUUAGAUUGCAGCAAAGAUAUUGACCCUUCGUAUUCCAGUAAUGGCUGUUGCAUUGCCCCUGAUUGUUUGGUAGAGGAAAGUUAUGCGAGUGUUGAUUAUGGUGAUUGCAAAGCAGCACUUAGAUGCUCCUUUGAGAAAAUUCUUUCGUUUUUUCUGAAGGAAAUUGGUCGGAGAGGGAUUGUUAGGCCGGUGCCAGCACUGCUUGGUGAAGGGGGAUCUUUGGAUUUGUUUGAAUUGUUCAUGGUAGUCAGAGAUAAAGGUGGUUAUCAAGUGGUUUCAGAAAAGGAAUUAUGGUCCUCAGUGGUUGUGGAAUUAGGGUUGGAUCUUGAGCUGUCUGCUUCGGUGAAAUUGGUUUAUUCCAAGUACUUAAGUGAGCUGGAGAAAUGGCUUAUGGUGAGAUGCGGAGGUAAAAAACUGGAAAAUGGGAACUCUGAUUAUCACUGCGAGAAAAGUUUUCCUUUUUCUUCGGAAUUGGCGGCAAAGAUCAAGGGUAUGUUAUACGGUGUGCUAAAACAAAAGAGCUUAUAUGAUGAAUGUUCUGGAUUCAUAUCUAGCAAACAGAUUGGGAACAUCAAUGUUGCUUCCGCUGCAGUGGAGAAGAAAAUAAAAUUACCUGAAGUAAACAAGAAAGAACCUGAUCUAAAUGGGAGUGUUACCCAAAGUCAAGAAAAGCUAAGCAAGACACCUCAGGAUGAUGACGGAAUAGAACAUAUCCGUGUUAAUGAAGAUUGUAGAAGUUUGGCUUCUGUUAAUGUUGAAACCAAGACAGACUCUUGCGAGAGUUGUCGAGAAUCGUUAUUACGAAUGUUGAAGUGGGCGAGACAGAUUGCAAAGUAUCCUGCAGAUCCAUCAAAUGGUACAAUACCGGGGCCAUCCAAGUGGAAAGAGUAUACUAGCAACAAUACAUUCUGGCUUCAAGUAGUCAGGGCUAAGGAUGCACUUCUAAUUAGGAAGGAUGUUGAAGAAAACAAUGAGAAACGUCUGUUGCAGAAGAAAGUAAAGGUGCAUCCAUCCAUUUAUGAGGAUAAUAUUGAUAAUCAUCACCUCUCUACAGAAAGGAUCAGAUGCAGCAAAAGAUUUAAUGCUUUGGUCAAGUCUAUAUUGGUCUCGUGUAAUAGUUCAUGCCCAACCGUAGGAAGUAAUUUGAUCAGUAGUCCAACCACAGAAAUUGGGAAGGGGCUCGAUAAGCAAGCAUUUAUGAAUGGUGACUUACCAUCUGAAAGGAUAGACACUCAGCAGAACGAAGAUUCAGUCGAGAAGCCAGUUCUCGUGGGUUCUUCAUUUCAAGCAGUUGUACCUGAAUGGACUGGUGAAAUUUCCGAAAGCGACUCCAAAUGGCUAGGGACACGAUCGUGGACUUUCCAACAUGAAAACAGUAAUUCUGUGAGCGACAGAAAUCCCAUUGGCAGAGGGAGACCGGAUUCAUGUAGGUGUUGGUACCCAGGUUCUGUUGAGUGCUUUAGAUUUCACAUCGCAGAGGCGAGGUUGAGAUUAAAGCUUGAACUUGGUUUGGCAUUCUAUGAGUGGAGAUUUCAUCAUAUGGGGGAGGAAAUAUCUCUGCAGUGGACAACUGAGGAGGAAAAGACAUUUAAGGAGUUGGCAAAGUCAAGUUUCAACUCCCAGAGUAAGUGCUUUUGGAACUAUUCAAUGAAGUGGUUUCCAAUGAAAUCAAGGAAAAACUUGAUAAGCUACUACUUCAACGUGUUUGUUCUACGGCAGAGAAGCUACCAGAAUCGCGUGACUCCAAAUAGCGUCGAUAGUGAUGAUGACGAGGUAGAGUUCGGUUGCCUAAGUGGUGAUUUUGGGGGUAAGGCAAUGCAAGUUUUAGGCACAAAAUCUCUAGAAUGUUCCGAAAACAAACAGUGCACAGAUGUGGAAUAGUGGAGUUGAAUCUAUGGAGACUCAGAAAAGUUUGAAGAAAAGGAGAGAAUUGAAGAAUGAAGUCUAAAACUCGAGCAUUUCUUCCUCAUAUUAACUUUUCUCAACACGCUGCAGGCUGCAGCAGCAUCUGUAGUAUCCAAACAGGAGAAGAAAAGAACACCCAAUUUUGAUGAGAGCUCCGAGAUACGUUUUAGCUGUACAAUACCGAUAUGGGUGCAAUACGUUACGGACUACUGUAUUUAUUUUUAUUUUUAUUAUUUUUUUUUGGGAUUUGUAUGCUAUCGGCUGGGAAGAAAUAGGAGGAGAAAAGAGAGGCAUUGGCCCAUUUGUUUGUCCUGAAAAUGUAAACGUGUGGAACUCAAUGGUGAUAGUUCUUGGCUUA